UCCCCAUCGUCGGCGCAGGAGCCCGACUUGCCCGGGCUCCAAGAGGACCUCAAGGCCUCCAAGGAAGUCUGGAUCUUCGCCGUCCCCACUGCCGACCUCCAGCCCCUCCCGUUGAACCACACCUCGUCUCACUUUAUCCCCGGCCUAGGCAUCUUGCGCUGGACGCUCCGUUCGAGUUCGUGUACCGUUGCCGGGCUCGUCUUGCUUUCCUUAGUAUUGACGAGCCCGGACCCGUUAUCGACGUUGUGAAUGAUCAAGAUGCCCAUCUCUCAGAGCGUCACGAUGACCCCGCCGGCUAGCUCGUCCGGACCGUACGAAUGGCCAACGACGAAAACCCUCGUCUGGACCCGGGGAAGUUGCCAGAGACUCAGAGAGAAUACGUCUUUGGCGAAUCUGAGCGGGACAUACCGAUCUGUCAGGGGGAUGAGACGCCCGGGGGCGUCGAACAAGAAGGGUAUCGGGUUGGUCGAGACGAGGCGAGCGGUGAGGUUGCCGAACAGUUCAAGGUUGAGGCCUACGACGCUGCAAGAGACCAUCACCCCAAUCGUGGUUAAACAUACGCUACGAUUGACCGUUUAUCAUUCAGUAUGGGGCCAGGACGCCAAAGGCCAGUCGCUCUCUACGGGUCGAUGUGGGACCAUGCGACAGGUACAAGUCUCGCAUCCGGUCACCAUCCUGCCUGUGCGUCGCAAAAGAACGCGUGCGCUCUCUCUCUCUCUUCUGCAUCUUUAUGGAGAUGGGGCAUCAUCGGUAGGCAGGAAUCAGAGCUGAUGCGAGCUCUCGUCCCGGACAGUGAUGUUGUACCCAAAAAGACCUGGUUUUGCCCGCCUGCGAACCCUCUCAGGCGGAACGCAAGGUACCGCUG